AUCGGAGUUCAAAGUAAAUGUGGCACAAGAUCCCGUACUGGACGAAUGGAAAGGGGCGGCCAAAUGGUCUCUGGCUCAACUCAAGCAGGAGAAACAGUCACCGGAGGAGAAAUCGCUAUUUUUAGACUCGUGUCGAGUGGAUGUGAAGGCAGGUUUGGAGGGGUUGCUGGAGCAUAGUUGCAGUAACGACUACUACCAGCUACCACAGUAA